AUGCAUCCACGGAAUCUCACCAAGGUCUCUGAAUUCAUCCUUGAGGGUGUUUUCGACAACCCUCACCUCCAAGGUCUCUAUAUUGUAAUAUCUUUGUGUCUCUACCUCACUGCUAUCCUCAGCAACUCAUUUGUCAUUAUAGCUACCGUUGUCCACCCACCACUUCACAUCCCUAUGUACUUUUUCAUCUCCAACCUGGCCAUCCUUGACUUGGUAGGUAUCUCCUCAGUUCUGCCCAAGAUGUUGGAGAACCUGAUCCUGGGCAAGAACACCAUCUCCUUUGAGGGCUGUGUAGCACAGCUCUACACCUUCACUUUCUCAGGCUCAACAGAGCUUAUACUGUUAACAGUCAUGUCUUAUGACCGGUACCUGGCCAUCUGCCAGCCCCUUCACUACGUAACCAUGAUGAGCAAGGGGACCCGCAUCUCUUUAAUGACUGGUGUCUGGGGCAUCGGUACUGUCAAUUCCCUCAUAAACACCCUUCUUGUGGCACAGCUGGACUUCUGUGGGCCAAAUUUAGUCCAAAAUUUCUUGUGUGAGAUACCCUCGGUCCUUGCCCUGUCCUGCAGCUCAACCUAUCUCACUGAAAUCAUGGUUUACAUGGCAGACAUCAUCUUAGGCAUGGGAAACUUCCUGCUGGUCAUCCUUUCCUAUUGUCUCAUCAUCAUCACCAUCCUGAAAAUCCAGGGCUCUGCAGGGAAGUGGAAAGCCUUCUCCACCUGCUCCUCACACCUUGCUAUUGUUGGCUUGUUCUACUCCACUGUCAUCUACACCUAUAUCCAGCCAACUAGCACUCCAUUAGAGAAGAAAAACAAAACAGUGAGCAUUAUGUACACUCUGGUGACUCCCACUCUGAAUCCUCUGAUCUACAGCCUGCGCAACAAAGUGAUCAAAGCAGUGUUCUGGAAAAUCGUAACAUUUCAUAAGACAAAUUAA